AUGUCAGUGGCUGCUUACUGUAUAUUUUGCUACAGACAAAUAGGAACUUCUGGUCCAGCCACAAAAACACACCUACCAUGGAAUGAUAUCAGAAAAAUUGCAAAGGUAACUGGAUCACUUAUACUUGGAGGCUUUGUAUUCAUUACAUACGAAGUUAUGUCCUUAAAGAAGUUACUGCAAAUAGAUACUCAAGCUGUACAGCAAGAAAAACUGAAAUCCUAUGUAUACGUACGUACAACUCCUCUAAAUCCAAGUGAAUAUCAAGGGAUCACAUACCAAGCCAGAAAAGAAAUCCACAAAGCUGUGAGGAAAAUUCUAGAAACAGAAGCUAAAAUUUUCCGGAGACCUUUUAGUGAGCAUUUCAGUACAUUUGAUGGAGAAGAUCAUGAAUGUGCCUUAUGGCUCCUCUUAAAGAGAAGUCAGUCAGAAGACAAAGAGGUCAGGCUGAAGGCUGUACAAGACCUGGCAAACAACAGGCACUGGCAUGAUUACCAGUAUGGUACAGUUGCCCAAACCUGUGAUCAAAGGACCGCUAUAGGUUUGGCUCGAUCCAAAGAUAUCGACCUUCGCUUUUUCCUGCCUCCACCACCAUUGCCAAAAAUGAAGAAUGAUUGUACCAUAGAAGAUGAACUUCGCUUGUUGUUAGUAUCGUUACCCCAGGCUGGUCUUGAUCCAUGUGUCCAGUACUUCACAUCUCUUGCUUUACGUGAAACUAGUCAGACUCUGGCUGCACAAAGGGGAGGCUUGUGGUGUUUUGGAGGAAAUGGACUUCCAUAUUGUGAGACAUUGAGUAAAAUCCCUUCAGAGACAGUGGAACUCUUUUGCUUGCAAGCUCUAGUACAGCAUUCUAAGGUUUCUUCGAACUGUGAGAAAAUUGAGGCUAAAGGAGGCCUUCAGCUGCUACAGAGGAUAUACCAGCUACGCAAAGAUUCAGCAAAAAUACAAAGGAACAUCAUUCGCAUUAUUGGAAAUAUGGCUUUGGAUGAACAUCUUCAUUCAUCCAUAGUACGUGCAGGUUGGGUUUCUGUACUUGCUGAAGUAAUGAAAUCCCCGCAUGUCAUUCAGUCUUCUCAUGCAUCCAGAGCUUUGGCUAAUCUAGACAGGGACACAGUGAAAGAAAAGUAUCCAGAUGGUGUUUAUGUCUUGCAUCCACAAUAUCGUAGCAGUCAGCCCAUCAGAGCAGAUGUCCUUUUUGUUCAUGGUCUUUUGGGAGCAGCAUUUAAAACCUGGCGGCAGCAAGACAUUGACAGACGUUUGGAUAAAAAGCCUUCAGAAGAGGAAGAGGACUAUAGCCAGUGCUGGCCAAAGACAUGGCUGGCUUCAGACUGUCCUGCCCUUAGAAUCAUAUCUGUGGAGUAUGACACCCAUUUGAGUGACUGGAAAGCAAAAUGUCCUGUUGAGGCUCACAGGAAGUCUAUUGCUUACAGGAGCAAUGAGCUUCUUGACAAGCUCAGAGCUGCUGGGGUUGGAGACAGACCUCUGGUGUGGGUAUCACAUAGCAUGGGUGGUCUUCUAGUCAAAAAGAUGCUGGUGGAUGCUUCCAAGAAUCCAGAAAUGGAUAAAAUUGUAAACAACACCAGAGGAAUCAUAUUUUAUAGCGUACCUCACCAUGGUUCCCAGCUGGCUGAAUAUUCUAUAAAUGCCAGAUAUCUUCUCUUCCCAUCUGUGGAGGUUAAAGAACUCAGCAAGGAUUCUCCUGCCCUCAAAAAGCUGAACGAUGACUUCCUGUCUUUUGCCAAAGAUAAGAAAUUUUCAGUGCUGAGUUUUGCAGAAACCCUACCAACACACAUAGGCAGCAUGAUAAAACUGCAUGUUGUACCUCUGGAAUCAGCAAAGUUAGGAAUUGGAGACCUUAUUCCAGUGGAUGUUAAUCAUCUAAAUAUUUGUAAGCCAAAGAAGAAGGAUGCUUUCCUGUACCAGCAUACAUUGAAGUUCAUUCAAGAUGUCUUAGCCCAAGAACUUGGAGACUGAAUUUUUGUAAUCCUUGGCUGCUUGUUUCCUCCAUUUGGUGUAACACAGUAAGUUCUUCUAACAUUUGUUAGGGUAUCUGCAGAACUACAAAGAUGCUGCAUCAAUGGUAUCAGCUGCUAAAAUAAUUUCCAGUACAUCUCCAACUUAA